AUGGCGCUCUGUCUGGCCUGUCAGAAUGUCAACAUUCCCAACCUGAUCCGCGAACUACCGGUAGGCCAUGUCCCAGAUUGGUGGGCGCAGCUGGGCAGCCAGUCAAAACCGCGAGGCAUGGUGCACCUCCAUGAUGCCAGACAGCUGCCGGUAUCAGCUGCGGAGGGGUGUCCCUUGUGUGGGAUGAUCAUCGAUGCCAUUCUGCAAUACAACAACCCAUCUUCACCGCCAGACGUAACCGUUCCUCUACCGAGUCACAGCAAGCGAGAUAUGGCUCAGUUCAAACAUCACUGGAUCAAAAGUCCAAUUUACCUCCGACCAAACUACGACCCCAUCAAAUCGGCGUUUCCAGAGCAAGAUGUGGCGCACUCAUGGCACGUCAGGGGCUUCAAGGCCUUUGUUCCUGUCGAUCAUGGAGUCUUGACAGGUCAGAUCAGACUAUUUGCGCCACGGGAUAGUUCAGCUGCCGUCAGCUGCGAUGUCAUCGGUCGUCCAGCCCUACCAUCUUCGGACUCCCCGGCAGCUUUCGAUCUCAUCAAUCGUUGGAUGAGCGCUUGUCUCGCGAGGCAUCAAGCCUGUAGAGAGACGUUUUGUGGCACCAUAAUCGAUGAGUCGACCGCUCCAAUCUUGCCCACUCGAGUAAUUCACAUUAGUCGCCCGGAUGGGGCAAUAUGCCCGCGUCUUAUUGAAACAAAUGGCAAGACUGGUUAUUAUGUUGCCUUAAGCCACUGCUGGGGAUCUCCGGCUCAUAAGCUGCCUCUUAUGACUACCCAAUCCACGCUCCAGAGUCACCUUGCUGGCAUUUCCUGGGACGAGAUACCCAAGGCCCACCAGGACGCCAUCACAGCUUGCCACCGAUUAGGUUUUGAUUUUAUAUGGAUAGACAGCCUCUGUAUCAUCCAAGAUUCUCAUGCGGACUGGCUCUACGAAUCAGCACGCAUGGGCGCCGUGUAUGAAAAUGCUCGCCUUACCAUUGCCGCGUCUCAUGCGCCUGACUCUAGCGAGCCUUGCUUCUUCACGCGUUCUCCGCCCCCGCACUCUAUCGAGCUGCCUCAUGUAUCGCAAACUGGGCAACAUGAGGGCUCGAUAUUCGCCAGCCUUCUGCCUACAGACUACAUCUCCAUCUCUCCGGAAUCUGGCCCCCUCGCGACCCGUGCCUGGGCUACCCAGGAGUGGCUUCUGUCCAGACGGAUCAUCUUCUACACCGCCGCAUGCCUUGUAUGGUCGUGCAAGAUGGUCAGCCAACGCGAGAGCGGGGCCUCAUUCCAUUCAACCGCUCGGAAUCCCCGAUGGAAGAUCAUCGUAGAAAAGUAUUCAGCUCGCUUGCUUACCAAGCCCGCUGACCGUCUCAUUGCCCUGGAAGGACUUCGGACUGAAAUGGGUAAGAAGAGAGUCUACGACGUCUACUGCUUUGGGCUGUGGAAGAAUAGUAUGCCGGACCAACUGCUUUGGUACUGCAUCCGGGCUGCAGAGAGAGCGGAGUGUCCUCUCGAUUUACCGUCUUGGACGUGGGCAAGCGUCACUCAUGGAGUUCGCUUUCUUGACAUCAAGCACUCAAAAAACACGUGCCACGGGUUUCGCUUUGAUGAAACCAGCAAAGUCCUUACCAUAUAUGGCGCCGCAAGCAAGGUCGCGACCACUGCGCCCUUCGCAAAGUUAUCCGAAGAGAAAGACGCCACGCCAGACGACAUGCUAGCGCUGAUAGGACACCCUCCUACGUCCCCGCCCUCGAAUAUGAUACACCUUCUACUCGCCCAGGACGGGUCCAUGCUUGGUUGGGUAGUCCUGGACGAAGGUCGAACAACUAGCAGCAACGUAACCUGCCUACGGCUAAUGAGCAAGAAGGUACCUCUGCCAAGUCAAGAUGGCGUCAAGAAGAAAGUAUAUUACGAUUUAGUGCUCUUACUACAGGUUUUGGAUGUCACAGAUGAUACGUUCGAGAGGGUCGGGGUAGGUGCAAUGACGACUACCACGCCUUGGUUUGACGAUCAGGGCGAUUCGCAUAUCAGGAUCAGAUAA